AUGGUGGCCAGCUAUUUGUCUCAACUGCUAUUCGCUCUUCUCUGCCUGACAGAGUUCGUUCAGUGUCUUACCCCUGCACAAUGGAGGAGCCAAUCGAUCUAUCAAGUCUUGACUGAUAGAUUUGCUCGCACUGAUACUUCGACGUCCGCCUCAUGUGAUGUCAACAAGUAUUGUGGCGGCACAUGGCAAGGCAUAAUCAAGAAGCUCGACUACAUCCAGCAGAUGGGCUUCACAGCGAUUUGGGUCAGCCCUGUUGUGAAGAACAUUCGAAGCUCUGGUCAAGAUGGUGACUCCUACCAUGGAUACUGGGCUCAGGACAUCUACCAAGUCAACACAAACUUCGGAUCUGCUGCCGACUUGGUGUCCCUCUCCAAGGCUCUCCAUGAUCGAGGCAUGUACUUGAUGGUGGAUAUCGUGACCAAUCACAUGGCUUACGACGGAUGCGGUACCUGCGUCGACUACUCACAGUAUAAUCCCUUCAACCAACAGUCAUACUACCAUCCCUUCUGCCUCAUCAAUUACAACGAUCAGAACAGCGUCGAGAAGUGUUGGGCUGGUGACAAUACCGUAUCUCUGCCAGAUCUUAGAACCGAAGAUUCGAACGUCAGAUCUAUCUGGAACAGCUGGAUCACAAAACUUGUAGCAAACUACACCAUUGACGGUCUUCGUGUCGACAGUGCUAAAUCGGUCGAGAAGAGCUUCUACCCACCUUUCGAGCAAGCAGCCGGUGUAUAUACAGUUGGAGAGGUCUUUGAAGGCGACCCAAGCAAAUUCUGCGACUACCAGAACUACCUGGAUGGUGCCCUGAACUUCCCAUCAUACUACUGGAUUACUCAAGCCUUCCAAUCUACAUCCGGUAGCAUCAGCAAUCUCUACAACGGCAUCAACACCCUGAAGUCAUCAUGCAAAGAUACUACACUUCUGGGCUCGUUCAUGGAGAACCAUGAUGUUGUGCGUUUCCCCUCGUUGACAUCAGACUAUGCACUCGCAAAAAACGCCAUCGCUUUCACCAUGCUAGCAGAUGGCGUCCCAAUCAUCUACCAAGGACAAGAACAGCAUUUCUCCGGCGCCGGCGUCCCGAACAACAGAGAGGCACUCUGGCAGUCUGGGUACUCGACAUCUUCGCAACUAUAUCCGUUCAUCGCCACGAUCAACAAGCUCAGAAAACAGGCCAUUAAGCAAGAUACGGGAUAUGUUACUUACAAAGCAAACCCUGUAUACUCGGAUGCGUCUACCAUUGUGAUGAGGAAAGGUACAACUGGCUCUCAAGUCAUUGGUGUCUUUACAAACAAGGGCUCUUCUGGCAGCAGUUCAUUCACGCUUUCGUCAUCAGUCAGCGGUUUUACAGCUGGGCAGUCUGUCACCGAUGUCUUGUCUUGCACUUCCUAUACUGCAGACUCCAGCGGCAAUAUCGGCAUCAGUAUCAACGCUGGAAUACCAAGAGUCCUGUAUCCAACCUCAAAGCUCACUGGUAGCGAUCUCUGCGGUAGCUCGAGCUCUACUUCAGUUGCACCAACAACAGUCAAGACCUCCACAGUUGCAGGCGGCUGCAGCACGCCUACCGCUGUUGCUGUAACCUUUUCCGACAAGGUGACCACUCAAUAUGGUCAAACCAUCAAGAUCGCAGGCUCGAUCCCUCAACUCGGGUCCUGGAAUGCUGCAAAUGCCAUCGCAUUAUCAUCAGCUGGUUACACUACUAGUAACCCCGUUUGGUAA